UUCCUCAUCUCAUUCCGCGCAUUCUUCGCAUCGCUCGGAGCUGCGACGCCGAGUCCUGAUACAUACCGGCUUCGCGUGGAAGCCUAGCUUCUUGUUGUUUUCUUAGUUUCCAGUUAACUUCACAAUAACACAAUUCUCGGUACUGGGGCAUAACAAAGACACAUUUUGGGGUGCCCCUAUCCCCCCGAUUGUACCUCUCAAGAUAAGUGCUGAGCCAAGGUAGGGGACUUAUCCCAUGGGACAGAUUUCAGCCAAAUCUGCUACAGCCACCCAAGUCCUGAUUGCUUGUUGACAGCCUUGCAGAUGGGUACUCGAACGUAUUGCAGAUUGUAUGAGUGGCUACCUGUUCUGAAAUCCAAACAUGCAUUUGGACAAGAUACAGCAACCCAGUGGAGAAAGUAGCUUGCUGGAUACUGCUUGAACAUAUGUUCAGGUACCGAAAAGAUUUCUUUUGUAAAAGGAUCCAAGCGUGUGCUUGGAGAACUCGGCCACCACCAUUGAGACGAGUAGCUGGAGCGGCAGCGAGAGUCCUGCCGAAGAUAUUGAAAGGAUGAGUGAUUGUGCAGAUAAGCCUAUUGACAAUGAUGCUGAGGGCGUUUGGAGCCCUGACAUUGAGCAAAGCUUUCAGGAAGCUCUGGCAAUCUACCCGCCAUGUGGGAGGAGAAAAAUCAUCUUAUCAGAUGAGGGGAAAAUGUAUGGCAGAAAUGAAUUAAUAGCCAGAUAUAUCAAGCUAAGAACAGGGAAGACGCGAACCAGGAAACAGGUGUCUAGUCACAUUCAGGUUCUUGCCAGAAGGAAAUCUCGUGAUUUUCAUUCCAAGCUGAAGGUAACAACUUUGGAUCAAACAGUAAAAGACAAAGCACUCCAGCAAAUGGCAGCAAUGUCUUCAGCCCAGAUAGUUUCAGCUACUGCAAUCCACAAUAAGCUUGGACUACCUGGAUCCCCACGCUCCACCUUUCCUGGGGCACCUGUGUUCUGGCCUGGAAUGAUACAGACAGGACAGCCUGGAUCUUCUCAAGAUGUUAAACCCUUUGUCCAGCAAGCCUAUCCAAUUCAACCAGUAGUCGCAUCACCCAUUUCAGGUUACGAGCCUGCUCCAGCACCUUCAAUGCCUGCAUGGCAGGGUCGAUCCAUUGGAACAACCAAGAUAAGAUUAGUUGAGUUCUCGGCUUUCAUUGAACAGCAGAAAGAUCCCGAUUCAUUCAACAAGCAUCUGUUUGUGCACAUCGGACAUGUCAGUCAUUCUCACAAUGAUCCAUUGCUUGAAUCAGUAGAUAUUCGACAGAUAUAUGACAAAUUUCCUGAAAAGAAAGGUGGACUAAAAGAAAUGUUUGCAAAGGGACCUCACAAUGCAUUUUUCCUUGUAAAAUUUUGGGCGGACUUGAACUGCAGUACUCCAGAUGAUACAGAAGCAUUUUAUGCAGUAACAAGCCACUUUGAAAGUUCUGAGAACAUGACAAUAACCUGUUCUACCAAAGUCUGCUCAUUUGGAAAACAAGUAGUAGAAAAAGUUGAGACGGAAUAUGCACGGUUUGAGAAUGGACGAUUUGUAUACAGAAUAAAUCGCUCUCCUAUGUGUGCGUACAUGAUUAACUUCAUUCACAAACUCAAGCAUCUACCAGAAAAAUAUAUGAUGAAUAGUGUGUUGGAAAAUUUUACUAUUUUAUUGGUGGUAACUAACAGGGACACACAGGAAACCCUCCUCUGCUUGGCGUGUGUAUUUGAAGUCUCAAACAGUGAACAUGGAGCACAGCAUCAUAUCUACCGACUCGUAAAAGACUGAGAGGCCGCGUAUUUAUCUAUUAGUAAAACGGUUAAACCUCAGUACAAGUGGCAGUGCCUCUACUUUAAGUCUCACCCAGAUUCUUCUCAACCACGUUCUGACAAAUGCCAUUUUAAUGUGUAACGUUAUGACCAGAGCUGUGAAAUUUUGGUACAUUUAUGAAAAUGUUUAAAAUAUUUUUAUUAUAUGCCCUUCUAAAGAGAGGAUGUACAUAAAUGGCAGUACACUGGAAGGAUUAUUUAGGAACCUGUGUUGGGUAUGUCCUAAGGUUGUACUAGAUUGGAAGAAUAUUUUUGAAAUGACAUUGGGGAACUGAGAUGAAGAACGUGUAAUUGUAUUAGUUCACUAUCUACUGUAAUAAUUUAUUAGCAGGCUUUUUUUCAAAAGUGACUGUAUGGAAUAUGACUUUUUUUAAAUAUGUUAUAAAUUAACUGGCAGCAGAAUGCCAUAUUUUUUCCAAAAUGCUACUUGUAACUUGCAAGUGUUUUUAGAACUAAGGCAGAAGUAAAUUGCAUUACUAAACAGCUUACCGGUUUCAUAAAACUGAAGUCUUAGUUCAAUAUUAAUGUAGUAAAUGCAGUAUAUGAUCCCAGAAAAGAUGGCUGCUAAAUGAAUUAUUUCCUUUUCUGAUAACAUCCUGUACUAUUUGUAUGCCUCUUCUUAAGAAGUACAAUGACAGCUUCCCAAAAGGUUAUCUACUAUGUCCCUGCUGUAACCUUUGUAGUCAGUGUCAAGAGUUAAGUGUUUAUAAAAAAAUUAACUCUGUGAGAUUAAGUGAAUUGUUUAAUAUAAAGAAUUUACAGUGAUGCUCUGAACAGUGAUAUUUUUCAUAAGUUCAACUAAAUGUACUGUAGCAUAGUACAUUUUAAGUAGAUGUUUUAAGUUCUGGAAACAUUUGGCAUACAUAAUGCAAACUGUUUGACUACUACACCAUAUGCUACUUCAGUUUAGCAUUCAGCUUGCCAUAUAAUGUAUUGAAACAAUGUUUGGUAGUUUUUUUGGGCAUAAUUGCUUAUUCAUAAGCACUUGGUCUGCUGUUAGAAAACAUGGAGACUAUCAGUUUCAGUAGAUUGCAUGAAUUAUAAGAGAGUGCUUUGCAGUCUCAGUUUUAUUAAAUGAAAAAUAUUACAUAUUGUAGUAGUAAAUAAUAAAUUUCAGAUUCAGAGUAAUUAUAUACUCUGCUUAACUUUGUUUAAAAAGUCAAAUAGUUGUAAAAAAAUUAAAUUGGUCACACUUUGAAUAAAAAAUGUCAAAGGGUUUCCUUUGCAGUGUAUACAAGUAGCCUUCUCCCCAGAGACAUCUUCAUUACUAGAAGCCUUAAAUCCAUAAAAAGUCAGUGUUGGGGAUACCAAUCCAGAAGGAUGCCACUAAACAUUGAGCUCUUUUGUAAGCUGGAACAGUCAUCAUAUUACUGUUAAUUUUAUAGUACUUUUUCAUUCAGAGCUGCCAAAGCACUAAAAUGUACAGUGCCUUAGUGUUACACUAGAGAAUAACAUUUUGUUGUGGAAUUGCAAGAUUUUAGGUCUUACUUUGAUUUCCCCAUUCAUACUUUGAAAUGAAAAUGUCAGUACUUCUAAAUAUGAAUUAUAGUAUAUGUAGUACAAGGUUUCCUAUCAGAACUAACUGUAAAUAUUAGAGAGUAAAAUACAAAGUUACAGCUUUUCUAUAGAAUAUAUACACUCUGUACUUUUUAAAGCUGCCUUUAAAUUUCAUGACCAAAAAAUGAUGAUCUUUAUGAACUUUCUGCACUCUAGCAUGAAGGUGCCUUUGAUUUGAAAGUUCCAGCUUAGAAAAGUGCCAACUGUGAUUUUGUUGAAGAAAGUAAAGAAACCAAAAACUUAAAAUAAAUCACCAUAAUGCCUUUGGUUAAAUGAGCAGAAUCACUCUUUCAAAUGAAAUGGCAUUUUAAGGCACAGGACUGUAAAAUAUGAAUUUUAAAGAGGAAAUAUUUAUUAUGGCAACAUUAAUCUUCUAAUGUGUGAACCUUUGAAGUUUCACAAGCACUGUGGUAUUUUAAAUUUCUAACUUCUAUUAAAUUGCUUGAUGAAUGUUUAUGAUAAUUUAACCGUUUCUGCUGUUCUCUGGGAAUUGAAAUAUUCCUCCGAGGUUAUUUAUAACUAUUUUUCUUUACAGUGAUGAGUUGUAUGUCAUUCUCCUUAGUUAAACCUUUCACAUCCAUGGGCAUGUCAGCUGCCCAGACUGUGUCAGCACCUUAAAUGGUCUUUCUCAAGCUAUAACGGAUACAUCAGUGAUGGAUCCUUGUUAUAGGAAUUUGGUAGUGCAUGCUGUUUUAUUUAUUUGGUAAAUCUCAUUUUAAUGUACAAUUUGCCAUUCAUUGUUUUUUUUUCCAGUGUAAAAGUUGCAUUUAUUCUUUUAUUUCUAGUGGUGCCAUAACUAUUUUUUUCUGGCACAUAUCUGAAAGUUUUUGUAUAUUACAUUUGUCAUAAUAAUGGUUGGUUGGUUGAUUGUAUCAUUUUAAUCUUUACAACAUUAAGGUUUAAGUUAUGUACCCCCUAAAUGUUUCUGGAACCCAGUUCAGCGCACAAAUGGUAUAUUAGCCAUUUGUAAAUCAACAAUGCAGCUCUUGCUUUGAUUCACAAAAAUAUUCUGAUCAUUUCAGAAGCAGAUUUUAAACCUUUUUUGUAAGUUUCAUUGAAAUUCCAGAAUUUGUAACUAAUUUGAAAACUAAAUGUUCAUAUGGAUUAUCAGUAUAAUUUGCCUAAAAAACACUAUUUUCUAAAAGAAAGUUCUUGUUAUAACUGACUUUGGAGGACUUCAGUUUGUUAUUGCACGUAUUUUAGUGAGUAUGUCGAUAAUAUAAAAUGGAGAAGUGUGUUUUACUUCAUUGACUACAAAAUAAAUGCACUUGGUAAUUUUUCACACUACAUGACAUUGCCGCCUUACAGAAUAUAUGUUGGAGGCAUAUUAUGGAUGACAUGACCGGUUUAAUAACGUGCCUGAAGAAGGGAAGAGAAUUUUAUAUUAUUAAAACCUAAACAGCCUUUAACGCUUCUAUAUCAGUAUGUGUUGUGUUAACAGUUUUGCCACGUGCAUUUGUUCACACUACAGAUGACUUCAAGAAAUGUUCAUGUUUUGUUAGUUAUUUGUGGAAUUUGUAUUAAAAUGGUUUGUGACUUAAACAUAUUCAUAUUGUAUAUGGUCAGUGGUUACCUUAAUACUGUGCUGCUAUUGAUAAUGUUGAUGUGAAACUUCCCUUUGAUGCAUCACAUAAUACCUCUCUUUAAGAUAGGGAAAAGUCUUUUUCACUUUAAAUUUUGGAAUGUCAUGUGAGUUUUUUUUGUUUUGUUUUUGUAUCAUAAUUACGUGUGUAAAAUGUAUCAAAAGGAAUUUCUAUCAAUCCUCUUGGCAGUACAGUGGUUUUAUAUUUGUCAUUGUCUUUGUGUAGGUACUCGUACCUUUCAUUUGUAACUGUUUUAAAUGUUGGCUUUAAAGUGAACUUAUCUUUUAGUACAGAUAGAAAUAUGAGGAUUAUAGCAUUUGUGUGCAAAGAAAUUUUUUAAAGGUGCUUUGUAUAAAAAGGAUAAAUCCUAGCAUUUGCGGUACGUGUGUGUGGUAACUUUAAUAUCCAUGACAGUUAAGUGCAAUUAUUUCAUCACUUCAAAAAAAUGCUACUUUUUGUGUCCAUUGCUGCAGGUGUUUUCAUGUCUUUGCUAAGUGACACCUUUUGAUGCCUUCUUGAUAACGUGGUAGAUAUUUUGUAGCUUUCUAGAAACUUUGUAUUCAUGACAAUAAACUAAAUUAAAGUACUUGUUAUAACUUUA